ACUGAGCGCCGCAUAUAAGCCAACGACUCCUCCGUCCCCACCGUCUCUCUCUAAGCGAAGGAACAGAGAAAAAUAUAUUAAAAUGUCAGAGAAGAAGGGAAGAAAAGAGGAGGUGGUGACCAGAGAGUACACCAUCAACCUUCACCGUCGCCUUCAUAGCUGUACCUUCAAGAAGAAGGCUCCAAAGGCAAUCAAGGAGAUAAGGAAGUUUGCAGAGAAGGCAAUGGGGACAAAGGAUGUGAGAGUGGAUGCGAAGCUGAACAAGCAGAUUUGGAGCAGAGGUAUCAGAGGUCCUCCUAGAAGGAUCAGAGUCCGAGUUGCUCGUAAGAGAAAUGAUGACGAAGAUGCCAAGGAAGAGUUCUUCUCCCUUGUUACUGUCGCUGAAAUCCCUGCAGAAGGUCUCUCCGGUCUUGGCACUAAAGUCAUCGAUGAAGAGGAUUGAACAAUCUUGUAACCUCCUCAUCAGAUGUUUUCAAGUUUUGUUUCUUUUUCAACUUUGUAGCUACUUUGGAAGCACUGAUGCAGUUAUUGGAAAGAACAUUUAUCUUAUACUUGAAUUCUUCAUCCAUGAAAA